AUGGAGGCCAAUGUUGUAAACAGAGGCAGAGCCAGAGGAGUGAGAGUAAGAGGAGGACGAUGGGGAGGACGAGGACGAGGACGAGGACGAGGAAGGCCAAGGACAAUCAUGUCUGAUGAGUUCCGAGCCACUUUGGUUGACCAUGUCUACUCUCACUACAAAACUGCAGUACUGCAUAUCAAUACAGUACUCAAUGAAAAUAAACUGAGGAUUAAGCAGGUCUACAGGGUGCCAUUUGAGCGCAAUUCAGAAAGAGUCAAAGAAUUGCGAUAUAACUAUGUGCAAAGAGUCCUUGAGCUGGAGGUGGAUGCAGUGGAGCACCAGUUCUUCUUCAUUGAUGAGGUUGGAUUCAACCUCACAAAAAGACGAAGGAGGGGAAGGAAUAUAAUCGGCCAGCGUGCCAUUGUUGAAGUCCCUGGCCAGCACGGAGGGAACAUCACAAUGUGUGCAGCGAUGACCCACCAUGGCAUCAUCCAUCACCAUGCUACCCUUGGCCCCUACAACACUGCCCAUCUGAUCACAUUCCUGGACACCCUACACAACACACUCAUUCCACCAGAUCAGAUAGACGGCCCAGAGCAGCUCAGGUACGUUGUCAUUUGGGACAACGUAAGCUUCCACCGGGCUGCUCUGGUUCACUGACCCCCCACGCUUUUCAGUUGUUUAUCUCCCUCCAUAUUCUCCAUUCCUCAAUCCUAUUGAGGAAUUUUUUUCUGCCUGGAGAUGGAAAGUGUACGACCUAAAUUCAGAAACGCGUAUACCCCUUUUCCAAGCUAUGGAAGACGCAUGUGGAGAUAUAGCAGUUGAUGCUUUUCAUGGCUGGAUUC